CACGUGCGAAAGCGAUAGACGCGCUGCAUCAUGACGGAAUCCAAAGAAACGUCGCGAAUUAUAACCACUUUGUUUUAAUUUAAAUGUGUAAACAUUGCAAUUAUACUAGUUUUCACGUGUGGCUGCGAUAAAUAAUAUUGUGCCAUUGAAUUUGAUGUUUGUGGAAAGUUACAAUGGAUCUACUGGGGCUUCCCGUUGUUAUGAUUGAAAACAUUUUCUCAUAUUUAUCCUACGAUGAAAUCGCAAAGAAUAGAUUGGUUUCCCGAGCAUUCAACGAGAUAUGCAUGAGGAUGUUGAACCGAGGCUUCAUGAUGAUAGAGAGGAGACACGCCAUGGCUCUCAAGAGUGUUAAGGCACAGCUGCCUCGCAGAGAGUCAGAGCGCAGAUAUCAUCAUCUUUCCCGUCACUGUGAUAUUCUGACAUCUAUUGAGACACGCAUCUCUAUGCUCAACAUGACAUACUCUAAGUUCAUAGACAAUGGACUCUGCUGCUUCAUACCUGGGAAGGUUAUAGACGAGAUCAGACGCGUGCUCGCGCUAGUAGAGACGUCGACCACGCCGCCUCGCGCGCACGAGGUGCUGCAGGAGCUGCGCGAUAUAUCCAGCAUGGCCAUAGAACAUUUUGACGAUAAAAUUUCACCGGCUUUCCGGAAGAGAUUGCAGCAGGGAGUUGUGCAGCCGACGCCUAGGCCUUCGCAUACGGUUCUAGCGCCCCUAGCGGCCCGUCAAGAGAUGAUCCACCUGCGGCGACGUUCGAUCCUGAACGCGAAGCUCUCGCUGUACCUCGCGGCGCAAUACAAGAAGUUCUACAAACGGAUGAUGGAUUACAAGAAAGUGGCGUGGCGUCAACAGAAAACUAUCAGAGAGCUCACCAAGAAACAGAGGGAUCAGGAUGCUGCGAUUGCUGAUUUGAAGAAGCGUAUAGAAGAAUGCGAUAUAAAGUACAGCGAGCUCACUCACACCAACCAGGCUGUUGGAGGGAAAGCUAUUGUUACGAGCACAGCGGGCGAGGUAGCCGCUACAUCGACACAGCCGCUGCGUCACUUCUCCAGCCAAAUCAAGCUGGACCUGUCUGUGCUGCCCAUCGGAACGUCGAAGAGGAAUAAUAAACUACUGCCAAACAUGAAACCACGUAAACCACUGAUCAAGCUACCCAGCCUCUCUGAAGACGAUUCAGAACCGCCGCCCAAACUUCAAAAAACCGAAGACAGCCGUCUCAGCCCAGCGCCAUCGACUUCCGUCGACAAUAGAAGUCCAAAAACGAAGUCCCUGUCCGCUAUCGCCAAAAUAAGAGGCAUUACUAACGAAAUUAGACAUUUAAGUAAUUUAUCGAAAACAUUGGAGAGUAAAUUAAAACGUCCUUUAACUUUAAGCAGUGACGUUAAUGUACCUGAUUGCAAAAAGCAGAAAUUAGAUUAAAAUCUUCAAAAUCGUUCAAUUUUGAACUUUAUGACGUUGGAAUUAAGACGUAAAUUGUAUUGGUAUGAUAAUUCGUUAUGACGUUUUGAAACGUAAGGCUUUCGGGCGAAUUUGAAAUAAGUAUGGUGUAAAAAAAGUAUAUGAUGCGUUUUGGUUGAACAGACAUACAAAUUUUGCAUUUUAAUAUUAAAAAUGUGUUGUAAAAUUGCCUGUAGGACUAAAAAUCUUUCAAGUUUUAUGUUAAUAUUCUUUCCACAACCUUAAAAACAAGAUUUCGUUUGUUUGAUUAUUUUAUACUUUUAUUUAAAGAUCAAAUGAUUUAUUGUCAGUUUCACCAGUUACUGAUAAACUCUCUGAUAACCUAUCAGACAGAUAAACUAUAACUUUUGGUUUCAUAGGUCUUGGAUAGCAAUGAAUAGCAGAAAUUGUAAGCAGCCUUUAUCUGGCUGAUAGCAUUAACUAUCAGAUAGCUAACUGAUACUUAUCGGUAACCAGUGAAAAUGGCUUUAAGUGAUGUAACUAACAUUAUUAGUGCAUAAUUUAAAAGUAAAUGAUGACGCUAAAAAUGUAAGUACAACCUUAUAUUACAAAUGUUUGUAAUCAUUUAGUUUAUGUAUCUGUAGAUAUUUUUAUCUAAAUUUCGUGUACUAUUUAAUUUUUAACUUUAGUGUAGUUCGUGCCAAACUGAUUGGCGCUAUAUAAUGCCUUUAAAAAUCGGAAUGGUGUAUAUAAAUAUAAAAAUUAGGCUCAUUAACGUUACGUUAUAUUUCUAUUCUUGUCACACAAAAGUUACAUUUCAGAAAGAAAACAAUGUUUCCUUUCAAGAAAUGAGUUCUCUUUAUUUGGCUUUUACGUCAAAAUGACGUCACAUUGACGUAUCAAUUGUCAAAAUGACAGCUGAAGUAUCUUUUUAUAAACUCCGCAAUAAAGAGCAAUAAUUAGUUUAUUCAAAGUAAAACUUAUAAAUUGCAUGCUGUAGAUAUUUGGUUUAAAAUUUUGUUUUAGUGUAGUAUUUGUCAAAGUAUAGUUAUUAUUUCAUUUUAGUCUGUCAGAUUGUAGCCCAUCUUUAAAUUGGAGUAUGUUGAGCUAGACAUUUGAUUGAAGAUUUGUCAAUCAAAGAAUACAUUUUGAAUAUUGUGUAUGACUGAAAAAAGUUGACUGAAUGGCAAAUUUUAGAUAUACUGCGCAUUGAACUUGAUCUUCUCCACUAAACUUCAAUUUGCUGCCUUUGAUUGUAUCAGUGGAAAGAAAAUUUAGUUAUUUAACUAAAAUUUAGUUGUAUAGUUUUGGUAAAAACCAUCUAAAAUUUUUAUUAUAUUUUUAUUCUGAUCAUCGACAUGACACAGACGGCAGCUCAUCAAGCCACUGCCAUCCGUAAUAUAUUCCCCGAUCAAUAUUGAGUCUUAUACUUUUGAGAUAAGAUUGAAAAUCUCUUGAAGAAAUUUGAUUUGAGUAACACUGCCAGGUAUAAUUGUAUUUGAAGCCAUACAGUGCCUUUUAUAAAAAUAGUAUUUCAAAUAUUGGUGAAUAUUACAUUAUCUAAAUUACUGUUAGUUUACAUAUUUUUUUAUAACUUUUGAUUUUAUUUGUGUAGUUUAGUAUUCAAUGCGUAGCAUAUCUAAAGGAUAUUUUUGAAGUAUUGAAAUAUACUUUUUAAAAUAGCCAUUUAGUCAUACUUUUUUUUAUUCAAUUUAAAUUCUGAGUAUGUCAAAUUCCGCCUCAAUUUACUUGUAGAGUCUUUUCUUUAGGAUUAUUCAAAAUUAAGGUAAAUUUUUAGUAUGUAGAUUGUAUAGUUAUCGGCACGGAUAUUGAGCUCUCGGCGGAAGAGUGGGGAUCGCUUUGCGCACUGUACACAUAUGGCAAUAAACCAAUAAAUCGCUUCUGCGCAGGUGAAGGUCAUGGCUCAAUAUCCGUGCCGAUAACUAUAACAUUAUUAUUUUGUAUAUUUUUUCUACAAUAUACUUAUGAGUAUAUUGCCAAAAACAGUGUGUUAUAAAUUGUGUUUAAAAACAUAUUUAUCCAUAUUUUGAUUAAUUAUAGCGACAAAUAAUUUUAAAAAUAUAUACUGAUAUAUACGUAAAUCAGUACAUGGGUAUAUCGACUGCAAGCAAGCAAUACCUCCUAUCUGACAUUUUUGUUACAAAAAACUCGUAUCUACUAUUAACUACCCUUAGACUCAAAAUAAAAAGAAAAAAACUUUAUUAAUCGAUACUAUCCGUAAAAAAAGAAAACUUAGAUUUUCAGUAUCUCAUUAUACCUUGGAAUAAGGAUAUUAUUAAGUUUUAUUGUUCCCCUUUAAAAUCCACCCGGAGUCAGAUAGGAGGUAUUGCUUGCUUGCAGUCGAUAUAGAUUUUUAAUACAAUAUAGUUAUGUAUUUAAAGCAACGAUUACUUGUGUAAUCUUAACAUUAUUUUGUUUGUUCCAAAUGUCACUAAAACCAUAAUUUGGUUGCUUUUUUUUACUUUAUUUAACUGCUAACGUAUGAAUGUGGUUGAAAAAAAGAAAUAUACACAUACACCAUUAUUUAUUGUAUCAUAUUAUUUAACUAACCAACAUAUUUAAUCGUUUUACCCAUCCAAUGUAACUUACUCAAAUUUCUAUAAUAUUUUAAAUCCAUAUUCAUUCAAAAUAAUAUACAUACAACCAAAAUAUAGAAUAUGUUUCAUAACUCUUAUAACAAUAUAGGUUAAUUUUUAUAGUCCAUUGUUUUAAUUUAGUUAGAUAAUUAUUUUAUAGUUUAUGCUCUAUAUAACAAUAUAACAAAUUAUUUAGU